AUGGUCGAUGCUGCUUAUCGCGUUCCGGGCAAGAAUGAGUACUAUAUUUUCGCGGGCCGACAUUAUGGUCGCCUCAUGAUGACUUCUCCUGGUCAUGAUGACAUUGUCGCUGGUCCAAAAAUGAUUACCAGGGGCUGGAACACUCUCAACAAGUGUGGCUUUGGUGCGGUGAACACUGUUGUCCCCGUUCCAGGUCACGAUGACCAGCUCUUUGUAUUCUUCGGAGGCCGCUAUGUCCACAUUAAGCUCGACAACUACGACGACAGCUUUGUCGUUGAUGGAGCCCAGCCAAUGGAGUCUGGAUGGAAAGCCCUCGUCCACGCUGGCUUCGAUACGGUCGAUGCUGCACUCAGAGUACCGGGAAGUGAUACCGAUGUCUAUUUCUUCCGCGGCUUGCACUAUGUUCGCAUGAACUGUGCCACAGGCAAAUUGACGGGAAAAGUCACUCCGAUCAAGACUGGCUGGCCAAGUGUUGUUAAAGCUGGAUUUGAUUGCGUCGAUGCAAUGGUUUCGGUGAUAGACCGGCCUGGCCACUACUAUGUAUUCUACGGCAGUCAAUAUGCGGUGAUUGGACUCGACAACGCUGGACACGACACCCUUGUCUCAAACGCCAAGCCAAUCAGCGAGGGGUGGAUGUCGCUGGAUGAGUGGGUUUAA